GGAGACGGAAGGUCGCGCGGUGGAGGGCCGCAGCGGGAAACCUCCGUGUGCUGUCGGUGUUUGGGGGCCAUGGUGCAGCUUUACAACUUGCACCCGUUUGGGUCGCAGAGAGUAGUGCCCUGCAAGCAGGAGCCGGCGCAGUUCUGCUGCGGCCACGACGUGCUGUUCGUGGCUAGUGCGGCGGCUAGCUGCGGGGUGGAGGUGUUUGCCGUGCGCCGCGAGGGCCGCUGCGAGCCCUUGGGCUCCUUCGCUACCCUGGGCCCCGUGCUGCGCAUGGCGCACAGCCGCGCAGGAGACUAUUUGGUGACGAUUGAAGAGAAAAGCAAAGCAACAUUUCUAAGAGCGUAUGUGAACUGGCGAUUCAUGUCUGCAGGGAGUUCUCGUGUUUGUGUCCGGAUGGUGGGUCAUAAGAUGGAAGAGUCAUACACUGAAACCUUAAAAGACCAGAUGUCGAUAGUGGAAAUGGCACUUUCAGAUCCUCCACUGUGUAUUUCAUGUUGUCCUGUAAAUGGAGAUCUUCUUGUGGGCUGCAAGAAUAAGCUAGUCAUGUUCCGUUUGAAAUACCUGGUCAUAAGCCAGAAUUUGAGAGUAUUAGACUUUGAACGCUCCUUAAUUUUACACAUUGAUAACUUCAUUCCUGCCGAAGUUGCAUUUUGUGCUAGACACAUAGCGAUAACAACAGAAUUGGAUGUUCUAAUCCUGAAACUGGUCCAGCAAAAUGCAGACAGGGGAGAGCAAUGCACGUAUCAAGUUAGUACGAUAGAAAAGCCGGUGGAUGGUGGUAUAAAAGAUGAAGACCUUGCAGCGCAUAGUUUGCAGCUUGAAUUAGAUGAGUUUGUCAUAUGUCAGAAGCCAGUGGAACUGCUUGGGGAAGAAAGUAAGCUUUGUAAGAUACCUGUCACACUCGAGUCCACAGAGCUGUCUACAGAAGACAAAAAGCACUUUGAAGUGCAGUAUCUCCUUUUCAGGCGUUUUACACCAGACCAGUCCCCUUUUGGCUUUUGUGAAGAGACAAAGCUACACUCUGUUCAGUUCCUCCCUGUUUACCAGACAGGGAGUUCUGUGACAGCAAAUGAGGAAACUGAGAACAAGAGAGAACUACUGAGUCUCUUCUGCUUUUUUUCUUUGCCUCAUGUUGGAUAUCUCUACUCUGUUGGGAAGUUAGUAGAACUGAUUUCUACUUACCAGUACUCAGAGAAGUCAGAGCAGGCAGUUCUCACUCCACAGUUCCUGCAUGUCAUUACAAGUGAGAGCCUGCAGUGUUUCACAGUGCGGUGCAGUGCAGCAGCAGCUCGUGAUGAAGAUCCAUACAUUGAUACAACUGUGAAGGCUUGUCCACCUGUCACAUUGGAUGUCUGCACAUUACGAAUGCAGCUUUUUAUAGGGCCAAGAGCUAUCUGUCAUUACAAAAACCAUAUAAUUCUUCUGACUAAGGCUGAUACUGAAGAUAUUACUGAAAGACGAAAGCCUUCAAGAAGGAUGCUUUCCAGAAAGGCUGAUAGCAACAAAUCAAGAACGAAUUCUGAGUCAGAGCCUGGUUGGAAUUUGUAUAUUAUAAACACUGUUUCAACCAUCCAGCUUUACAGAGAAAUGGUAGAUUAUAGUAGAACUUAUGAAAAUGUAAGAACUGAGAGCUGCAUCCAUCUUCUAAGCGAGGCUCACUUACUAGUCAGAGCAGCAAUAAUGGACCCUAGUUUCUUUAAAUCAGAUGAGAAAGAAGAACUUCUGAGAGCAUUCAGAGAAAGUUGUGCCCUCUUAGGAGACUGCUACAGCAGGUUUGACACAAAGGAUUACCACCUCGCUUUACCAUACUACCGAAUGUCAGGUUUAUCCGUGACUGAAGUUUUGGAGCGACGAGCGUCAGAAAGUGAUGAAAUACAGACGUAUGAAAGAGGAUUUAUAUUUUAUUUAACUCACUCUCUUAAUGAAGAGUUAAAUGAAGAAUUAAGCAAGGAAUUGGCAGAUAAAGUUCUCCAAAUAUUCUAUCUUGCUGACCCUGUGCAGCUGCCUCAUAUCAUCUGCAGUCCCUGCAUGAAGAAUGUAUGUCCUCUGACAGCUGUGAAGUAUCUUCGUAAAGUAGAAGACAUUAUGCCAUCAGUGGUCCUUACGCUUACUAAGGCUUUCAUGGCUCUGAAAAUGGGAGACCUUAUGAUGUAUGAAUGUGAGAUGAACUCCCAUAAGGAGACAAUGCUGGCCUGUGGCUUCGUUGGGCAACCAAAACUCCUGAGAGAAUGUAAAGAAGGAAUUGUUAUUCCAACUGAAUUUGCUGUUCACCUGAAGGCGAUGCAACCUGGAUUACUGGUGGCUGCCACUGUGGCAUUACAUGAGAACAGUAAAAUUGAACUGGAAGAGGCAGAUAUGUUUUUCAAGAUGUUGUGUAAUAAUGGUGAAGACACGGUACCUCAACUUCUGGUAGAUUUCUGGGAAGCUCUUCUUGUAGCAUGCUCUCAGGAAGAAGUACUUCCGGAGCUCUUAUUGAGGGUUACUCAUCAGUAUGUUUGGAGGAUAUCAAAGAAACAACUCCCUGAGACUAAGCCAUUGAAAACAACAGAGGAUCUGAUAAACUCCUGUGAUCAUUUUGGGUUCAUUUUCCCAUGGGUUACUUUCAUAAUGUCAAUGGAAUCUCCACUUGGUAAAGAUUGCCCUGAGGAUAUUUCAAAGCUACAGUCUGUUUUAUGUGGUCAAUCAAUAGAUAUAACUGCAGCUCUGCCUAUCCUGGAGCCUCUGGCAGACGCUGGCAAUGUUGGCCUCACCAUUCGUGUUCUCUGUAGUACCCGUCUGGGCAAGUACGAGGAGUCCAUUGACCAACUCCUCAGACAGUAUCCUGCUGCAGCUGUGUUAUAUGCUCAGCAUGAGCUGAAAGGUGACAGUCAGGCUGUAUGGUGGAACAAGCUGCUCCCAGAACUUUGUGAGAGAGCCAGACUUACCAGAAGUGACUGUCCUGUUCUUAUUUCAUCACUAAAAGAAACUUUAUCAGUAGUUGCAACAGAACUGGAACUAAGGGAUUUCCUUAGUCUUCUACCAGAGGAUGGAACUGCAGCAUUUUUCCUGCCACAUCUUCUUCACUGCAGCCAAAGGAAACUGUUGAGGUAGACACAAUGAAACGUCUAAAGCUCAAGGAUCUGACCUGAACACCUGGAACCUUCAUUGCUUUACACUGCAAGGAUUCUACACUCACACAGCAGAGACAAUCCCAAAUAUUGCUGGUUCAAGUUAAUAAUUCUUCCUCCUGUGCAAACCUACCAAAGGCUGAACCUUUGCCAGGUGCUACUGGAAUGCUUACUACUGAAGCUCUGUAAAUAAUAGAAAUGCCACAAAGGGCAAAUAUAAGAAAGUGCACAGGCAAACGUGUUCUAAAGAUUAUAAAGUAUUUGCAACACUAAGAACUGAAGUAAAAAGUGUUCUUUCAUAUGAAACUGGAAAUAACUUGCUACACUAUCAAAAUAUAUUCACCUUGAAGCUCAGCUCCACUCUAUUAAAGAAGCAAUGAUUUUCACUGUAAGGCAUCCAUAGUGCUGGUAAAGAAAUCCAGCUGUGGACAAAAAUAUACUCCUUUCAGCCACAUCUUCUCUAGGGCAGAGGUCAGUUUUCCUCUUGUUACCUGGCUACAUUCAUAGGGGGUUGCACAUGGGCUGCAGACCUCAUUCCUUCGUGUCUGCUGGAAGAGGUACGUAACAGCGCCAAAUCGUCCACUGCUGACGCUGAACUGCUGUCAGUAUAUUUUGAACUGAUAACCACACUGACAUGAAAUUGAAUUGCUUUCAAAUAUGGUCUGUUCCAAUUGAAAGGAAAUUAGCAUCUCUGUUACCGUAGCGUCCCAGUCUCCACUAUGAGCUCGCAAAAAUAAAAAACUUAGAGAAGGAAGGAAGCAUUUGACUAGCAAAAUAUAAAAAGCAAUUUUCUUACAGUGCAUUUUGUUAGACUCUUGGAAGUCCUCAUUAUCUUUGUCAAUUUCAUUAGGUUUUGCUGUAAACAUCAAAAUAUUGUCAUCCAAGUACCAGCUCAGAUUCUCAUCAAAUACUGUGGCAAGUAGAAAAAACUCCCUGGUCACAGUUUUCUGGAAAAAAGGAAAGGGAAUGAGUGAGGAAGGAAAGGAAAAUAAAAAUGAGUGAAGAGAUCAUGCCAGGAAAAAGAAAAAAAAACACAAUAAAAUCAUUCAAUGUGUAUAUUAAUUUGAGUGUAAUUCACAAACUAUCAUAGAUGCAUGCAUUGAAACUUCAUUCAGGCAACCCUAAAGCUGUCUACCUGCUGUAUGUGAUGGGUAGAUAUCUGCUGCUAACAGCCCUUCCACCAGCAGGAACCACCUCCAGAAACAGAUUCACAUCUUGAUCUUUAAAGUCUCUACAAUUUUCUAGCCAUUCUCAUCCUACUUAAGACUUGAAGGCUGAUGAUUGUGACAUUGAUUUCAUAACACAGUGUCUGCCUAUGUGGAGCCAGGCUGAUUUUGCUUUUCCUAAAAAAUAAAACUUUUUUUUCUAUUUUUUAAAUAGUCCCCUGAGUGCAUGGGCUGGAUGGUGAUGUGCAGAGCCCAGUUCAGGAAAAGAAAGCAGAUUCAGUUACAGUGAUGGAAAUGCUUCCAUGUUUUUCUUCUUUGACUGACCUGUUUUGCAGAAGGAAGUAGAGCUCCUUUCCUGCACACCAUAAGAGGACCCACAAGGCCCGAACUGGUGUCUCUGACUGAAUUCACAGCUGAGUAAUAAAGCCAAGUUAAGCAGUCUGGGUCUUGGUCUGUGGGGCCCACAUCUUCUGGCACAGUCCACUCAUAUGUAAACGUAGUACCAGGACUGACAUGGGAGGCUGGAGAUUCAGUAUCUGUUACAGAAAUCAUUAGGAAUUAAGCCUAAUGAAACCUGUUUAUUUUUUCACCUUUAACUCAUUAAUGUAUACAGCAGCUGUUCUCUGCUGCUUGCAAGGUCCCUCUCCACAGACGCACCUCUGGAGGCAGUUCUAUACAACGCUCCCUCGUUGCUCUUGUGGUAACUCACACCAUGGGGCUGGAUGCUAAAUGGGCGGCUGGCAUUAUUUCGGAAAGUCACCCUGAUGCUCUCGCCCACUUCCGCCUUGAUAACAGGUCCUAGAAGAGAGCACAGAAUCUAAUUUUGUGUAGAGUGAUGUAGCAAUCAGCACGAGCUCAUAGGAAUGGCUGCCUGCUUUUCCCAUUGUAAUUUAACUGCCCCUGAGCUUGUCUGGCCACAAGCCAGGUCCCUGCUACAUGGCCCAAAUCUCAUGGCAUCCUAGCUGCAAAUGGACUGUUCACCUCCCAUGAAGGCCCUGUGUAAACAGGACAGUUCCUCCCUUUGGAAAGGGACCUGCAGACAUUAGUACCAAUCUCAAACUUGCUCCCAAACUGUGUCAGAAGUAGCCAGCUUAUAAGCAGGGGUAGAAUUGCCUAGUCUGGCUUUGUAACUCAGGUCUAUCUUUUGAAGACCAUGGCAUACUCCCACAGGCAAGUUGGGGAUGACCACAGCAUUGCCUUUAAGAACUUUGCAUACAUCCUGAGGUGCCUUUUGGAGGAAGCUACAGGCAUCAGUGUCUGUAGGAGGAAGGGAGCACCAAGGAGGGAGGAGGUGAAAGGGCAUUAUUGGCCAGUCAGUAGAAUUGAUACUUUUCUCUGAUAAAUCUUUAUCGUAAUUCUAAAUACCUUACCUAAGAGACCAAGAUGUUCUUCCUCUGGAAGCCUUUUUUUAUGUGCUGUGAAAGUACCAUCUGUAUAUUCCUUGUAAAUGGCUUUUUUAUAAGAGCCACCAAUUCUUGUCUCACUUCGUUCAAAAAAUACAUAAGAUUCACUGUGUGAAAGAAAUUGGAAUAGAUGCAAAAAAAUUCAAGUCAUGACAUUACUAACACUAGAGCAAAAUUUAUCUUAAGAUUGCAAGGGAAAAAAUUGAACUGACUUGUUCUGACAUUUAUCUUAGCAUUAAUAUUUAAGCAGAGGUGAGGGCAAUUUUACUUAAAAGCAAAUUCUACCAUAAGGCUUACUCUAUUUAGCAUGCACAUAUCAAUUCUGCUUGAAAGUGAAACUUCUUGAAGGCAUUCACCUGUCAGCAAUUAAUUCUUGUCCUGUAAAAUGGUUCAGGGCAGAUGGGCCAUAAUUCCAGAUAAUCUCUUCAGCAGCAAUGAAGUAUUGUCUUAUCUUUGUAGUCUCAUUGUGAUCUAUUGUGGAUUUUCUACAACCUUCUACUUUAAAAAGGGCCUGCAUACCACCUGGAAAAAAUGAUGUAGAGAAAAUUAAAGUGAAGAAGCUGCAAUUCAUUUUUCUUCCCUUGAUUCUAAUAGCUCCUUCUCUUACCUGGAGAAUUCCUAGCGUACUGCUAGUUGGCACUUUAGACAAAGCCAGGUACUAAGAGACAGACCAGGUUUUCCUCUAAAUCUAAUCACUGGCUCAUUUGUGAAAUUCUUAGGUCUCUGUACCCUAGGAGACAGAUCCGCUAGUGAAUCUCCUUGCUGGAUGUACAAACAGUACCAAAAAAGUGUCCUUUUACAGCUAUAAUGGGCCAAUUUGUAGGAUUUCCCUGUUGCCCAUGAAGCAUCAUCCACAUCAAGAUACUGCUUGAUGCUCUAGUUAUCUGAAAACUUCUACCCUCUGCAUCUGAAUUUGUAGGACAAACGUAUUCCUUCCCAUGUCAGAAUUUUCAGAUCCUGGAACCUGAUUUUGAGUUCUGUAUCCAUUCUGACUUUUGCGACAGAUGACUUCUGUAACUCAUUUAGAGGGAUACAGAUCAUGUAAAAGCACAGUGUUAGCUUCUACAUACUUCACAUGGUUAAAAAACAUGGGAAAUACACUAAGAUACAAGGAAGACAAAUGCAGAUCGUCUCUGAUUAUUAGCCACUGUUCUUUCCAGAAUGUGUCACUGUCAGGCAAGUUAACCUGUCUGUCCUGCGCCCUUGCCCAAACAUGGAACUAGCACUAACUUUUUUGUUGGCAAACAGAGCGUUGUGAUCAGUUACAUUCAGUAAAGGGUAAACAUCAAGAUGUUGUUUGUCUAAAGUCCAAGUACACAAAAACAUAGCAAUGCCAACUGAUGUCAAUUGAUAACAACUUCCCAUUACCAAUAAUAAUGUUUUUCAUUCUGUGGGUACAUUCUCAAGCCUAUCUAAUACACUUGCAAGCACUUCAUUUGCUAUAAGAGAGUGGGGUGGUUUUGUUGUUGUUUUUUGUUUUGUUUGUUUGUUUUUACCUCAAGGAGAACAUUAUCUGGCAAAUAACCACAUCAGGAGUAGUGCGAAAGAGACUCAUUAAAUUGGUAUUUCAAGCUAAAAAAAAAAAACAAACAAAAAAACCUGAUGUCUGUGAUUUAUUCUGUACCUUCUAUAUGGUCAUUCACUUGGCAGCUCAGCAGCCAUUCCCCGGGAUUCCUUGGUAUCAUGAGGGCAUCAAUAAAUGUGGCUGGGAAGAGGUUAAUGGUGUCAACUCGAUGGUGCCUUUCUAUUAAGGUCUGACCAUGAAAGUAGGCUGAAUGGAUGUCAGCUUCAUUACCCAUGCCAAAAAGGUGCCAUUUUACCUUAUCUUCCACACACAUUGUGAGAUCUGGGAGGUAUCCAUACAUGUACCCAUUGAUUGCUGGAAAAAAAAAAAAAAAAAACCCACCACAUUAAUAAUUAUUACCUUCACAGACC